AUGUCCGCGCACCAAACCUACGCCAUCUUGGGCUCGACAGGGAAUUGUGGCACUGCCCUCAUUGAGAAUCUCCUGAAGAGGCCGGAAUCUCGAAUCCAUGCAUAUUGUCGCAACCGCAACAAGCUCUUCCACCUUCUACCCGAAACAAAGGAAAACGGGCGGGUGGAAAUUUUUGAAGGCUGCAUCCAAGAUCAUGAGCUUUUAGCAUCAUGUAUUCGCGACGUACGGGCUGUCUUCCUAGUUAUCUCCACUAACGAUAACAUUCCCAACUGUUCCCUCGCCCGAGAUACCGCCAAUGCCGUGAUACAGGUCCUGUGGGGUAUGCAGGACGCCACCGCCCGUGGCGGUGCCAGUACCAAACGCAUGCCCAAGAUCAUUCUCCUUUCAUCGGCCACCAUCGACGAGACGUUUUCCCGAAACAUAAAUACCGUGCUACAAUUCCUCCUAUCACGCUCAUCUUCUUACGUUUAUGAGGACUUGAUAGAAGCGGAGACACUACUUCGUGCCCAGAAGGACUGGCUGACUUCUGUCUUCGUCAAACCCGGGGCUUUGUCGGUUGACGUCCAGCGCGGCCACGCUCUAAGUCUGUCCGAUGAGGAGAGUCCUGUAUCUUACCUCGAUUUGGCUGCUGCCAUGAUCGAGGCUGCGGAUGAAGACCAGGGAUGCUAUGAUAUGAAAAAUGUUAGCGUGGUCAAUACCAAUGGCAGAGCAAAGUUCCCACUUGGUACUCCUGUGUGUCUUGCUGUUGGAAUUUUGAGGCAUUAUUUUCCCUUUUUGCAUCCUUACUUACCGAUGAACAUGGGUCCGCACUGGCCUUCAUGA